AAGGGAAGGAAGGGCGGGCUCGGAGCGGCGGACGCGGCUCCGGGCCGGGCGAGGGGAUGAGCGCGGUGCUGCCCGCGGUGCUGUGCUUGAGGAAGGGAGCGUGGCUGAAGCAGGUGCUCGUGCUCAGCAGUGCUGCAACACACAGAGAAAGCCUUCUGGGUGCUGCAGGUGAUGCACUCGUGAGUUGCCACAGACACUACAAAUCCCGACCUACGCACGGGAUCGGGAGGUUUAAAUACCUGCUCCCCAAGGAGGUUCCAAAGAAGAAAAAGGAUAAAGUACAGAUGAAAGAGAUAAAUGUUGGGACUGAACAUGAAUAUGGUGAUGUCAACAUCCAGAUGACUUCCUAUGACAUGUGUCUCGUGGAGCACUUUGCUCGGUAUGUGCAUAAACUCUGCAACCGGCUCCGCAUCAGAGUGAACGAAAGCUAUGCCAUGCCCACCAAAACCAAUGAACUGCUCUACUUGGAAGAGAAGGGUUCCAAAAUGCAGCUGGAUGCCAUCCUCACUACUCAUCAGAGGGUUGUCCAGAUCAGUGGUUUGAGCUCAACGUUUGCUCCGAUCCUCCUGGAAAUCAUUCAGAGCAACCAGCCCGAAGGGGUCCAUCUGUUGGUGAAAGAGCACACAGAAGCUGAUUUCAAGAGCAGGUUGAAGUCUCGGCCAGAACUGGAAGAGCUGCUGGCACAGAUGAGCUGAAGAAUGUUCUGUCCACUUCACAGCCACCCCUGGGACAUGGAGGCUUCUCCUCCUUUUGGCUGCUCAACAAGGUGACAUCACCAGCACCAUGCUGAUCAUUUGGUGAACUGCAGACACUUCCACUGUUGUCAGGCAGCUUGUCUUAAUAAAGAUACAUCAAAAUCA